AUGCUGCGGAGGCUCGCGCGGCCAGCAGCGGCCCGGCUCGCGGCACUUGGGAGUGCAGUUGGUUGCCGGGGCGCGGCGAUGGGGCGCAGAGAGUACCAUGUUGAGGCGGAGAUAGACUGGGACGAGCAGGGGAAGAUCAAGCCGCACGGCGGCUGGUUGCGGGACCUCAUGGUGAAGGACGAACAGCUCAGGGCGGACCUGAAAGCGAGCUGCGAUGGCAAGGCGAUCGAAUGCAGCGACCGCAACGCGUGCGACGUCGAGCUGCUGAUGGUGGGCGGCUUCAGUCCGCUCGAGGGGUUCAUGGACGAGGGCCAAUACCACAGCGUGAUCCAAGACAUGCGCCUGCCGGGGUCCACGCUGCUCUUCGGGCUGCCCAUCGUGCUCGACACGAGCCGCGAGGACAUCCAGGAGGGUCAGCGCGUGCUGCUGCAGUACCACGGCCAGGACCUCGCCGUGCUCGACGUGGAGACAAAGUGGAAGCCCAACAAGCCCGCGGAGGCGCGCCACUGCUACGGCACCACGUCGAUCGAGCACCCGGGCGUCAAGAUGCUCGCCAUGGAGCGCGGGUGCUACUACAUCGGCGGGCGCGUCCACGGGUUCGAGCUACCACAUCGCAUCUUCCCCUGCAGCACUCCGCAACAGGUGCGGGACCGGCUGCCGGAGAUGACGGAUGUGGUGGCGUUCCAGUGUCGCAACCCGGUCCACCGCGCGCACUACGAGCUGUUCAUGAAGGCGCUGCAGGCGAGCAACGUGCGGGAGGGGGCGGUGUGUUUGGUGCACCCGACGGUGGGGCCGACGCAGGACGACGACGUGCCCGGGGACAUCCGGUACCGGACGUACGAGGUGCUCAAGGAGGAGGUGGCGGACCCGCGGGUGCUGUGGGAGUACCUGCCCUACUCGAUGCACAUGGCGGGCCCGCGGGAGGCGAUCCAGCACAUGAUCGUGCGGAAGAACUACGGGUGCACGCACUUCAUCAUCGGGCGCGACAUGGCGGGGUCGAAGAGCUGCCUCACGGGGGAGGACUUUUACGGGCCCUACGACGCGCAGCACAUGGCGCGCGAACACGCCGAGGAGCUCGGCAUGCGCGUCGUGCCCAGCCAGAACGUUGUCUAUACGCGGGAAAAGGGCUACGUCACCGACGAGGAGGCGCGCGCGGAGGGCCUCAGCGUCAUGAAGCUCAGCGGCACCAAGUUCCGGCAGAUGCUCCGGAGCGGCGAGGAGAUCCCGCCGUGGUUUGCGUUCGAGUCCGUGGUCAAGGUGCUGCGCGAGCUCUACGUCGGACGCUAG